UUCUGUUUGUUAAAAAUAAAAAAAUUACUUUUUAAAAUUAUAAUAAAACAAUUAAAAAUAGCUGGGAGUAAAAAGUGUUAAAUUAAUAUUAAAAUGGAAACAGAACCAGUGGAAUUAGAAGACGGUGAAGUCAUUGAUAACGAGCCAACUGAUGCAUUUGGAACUUAUAAUGUUUUACAAAGGCCACAUACAGUUAUGACAUGUGAUAAACAAGUCAAAACAGUAUACAGUGAUGAUUCAGAUGAUACACCAGAAUCAGAAAGUGACACUGAUUCUGAUACACCUUCUAAAAUAGUUAAAAGACCAAAAAUAAAAGCAAGAAGACGAAAAACUCAAACAAAUAAUAAAUCAGAUAAAUAUAAAAUAUGGUGUACACAAGUACAAGAAGAAUCAUUAACUGAAGAUUUAGUUUCAUGUGGUGUUACUAAAAAAAAACAUCAAGAUAGAAAUGUUGAAAAUUAUGAUUUACCACGUAAUUUUACAUCAAAUGUAUAUAAUUCUAAAAAUAAUAGUUCAGAUGAUGAUAGAGAUAGUGAUGUUAGAACAACAAAUAAAAGAACAAAUGCAGAUAGAAAAAAUGUUAAAUUACGACUUGGUAAAAGACAUAGCUCAAUGGAUAUUGAUACACAAAAAGGAACUGGAAGAACAAUAUCAGAAUUAUCAACGACAAUUGAAUCAUCAGAUAUUGAUGUUGCCAAUGACAUUGCUGAAAAAUUAAAUGAAAAUAAAGAUUCAUUAAUCAAAAGGGUGGUAGAUAUUAUUGGAGCUGAAAAAGCAAUUGAAUUUUAUAAAAAAACAAAAGAAAUUGAGGAAGAUGGUGGUAUGAUGAUAAUGAAUGGUUCAAGAAGAAGAACACCAGGAGGUGUUUAUUUAUAUCUUGUUAAAAAUGAUGAUCAUGUACCACAAGAAAAAAUAAGAGAAAUUUUUUGUGCUGAUAGAAAAGAAACGACAGAAAAAAGAAAAGCAGAAGCAACAAAUAAACGUCAAAAAGCAAUAAAUAGAAUGAAAAGUCUUGUUGAAAAUGGUUCUGAAAAAGAUUUACCAGCACUAUUAACAAGAGCUGAAGUAUCAACACAACAAAUUGCUGAAGAAGCUCGACUGAGACGAGACGAGGGUAUUGGUAGAAAUCCAAUUGACUCUGAUAUAACAGUAUCAAAUCCUCCACCAAGUCCUGUAACUGAUGAUCCAGAUGCUCACAAUGAGCAUGCAAUUAUGCCACAUCAAGUUGUUGAUUACAGUGAGGACUUUCUUGAUUUAGGUGCUGAUAUUGACAGCAUGGAAAUGUUUUAAAAACAUAUUUAUAGUUUUUUUUUUUUCAAACGUUUCUAAAACAAUUUAUAUGUAUAUCAAUUUACAUACACAAAAAUAAGACACUAAGUCUUUUUAUAAAUUCUUAACGAAAAAAGAAAAAAAAAAAACAAAAAACAUUUUAUCAAUGAAAUUUUAUUUAUGAUGAGUUACACAUUACACGCACAUACUGAUGGAUAAUUGUUAAAUAGUUGUAAUGUUUAUCAGGUGUACGUAUCAUUCAAGACCAACUCUUGACUCAUCAAUUAUCUUUUUUUUUUUUUUAAUCUUAUUAAAUGUAAAUAAAACUUACUUAAUCUUUCUUAUUAUAUAUUAAUAUUUAAAUAGAAAAAGUUUGGUAAUUAUUUUUAUAAUCAAUGUUUUUUUUUUUUAAUGAGUUCACAACCAUGGUGAUCAACCAAUAUUUGAGAAU